GCGCAAUCCUGCGCUCACCGGCGCGUGUCUUUUAGAACUAUUUACCUGCUCGUUUGCAACGGAAAAUACAACGUCCCGUUCAGAGGAUUGUUGGACAAAUAUGAACCAAAGAUGCAACUUCAUAUUUCCAAUCCAGGAGCUCAUUUGACACAACAGAAGUCUUGGCAGAAGAAUGCUCUUUCCCUCAGGCCAGCUGGCUGUGAGCGCAGGGAUAUGGAUGCCCUCUAAGUGUGGAUACCAUGCUGGUUCGCUCCCUAUCUUUCUUUAUCUUCUUCAGCUUUUAGGCACUGGAGCAUCUUGGCCCAAUGUUUUUAGGUCGCAGGAGGAUAAAUGUCCCGGCCCACAGUGGAACGCCAUGUGCCGUACCUGCUGUGAGUAUGAGCAGAUUUCAUGUAAGUGCCCAUCUCAGGGAACGAAAGUGGGCUACGCUGUACCCUGCUGUCGAAACGUUUUGGAUGAGUGUGACCCCUGCAUCCUUCACCAGGGUUGCAGCAUUUUUGAUAACUGCAAGACUUGCAACAAUGGCACCUGGCAGGCCAAGGAUGAUUUCUACAUCAGAGGCAGGUACUGCACAUCGUGUCGUCGAGGGUGGUCUGGUGGAGACUGUCUCACAUGCGGAGAAGUUAUACAGAGACCACAUGGUCAUGUGACUUUAGAAAGUUAUCCAAUCAAUGCCAAAUGUGAAUGGACACUACAAGUUGGCCAAGGAGCAACAAUGGAACUCAGGUUCUCCAUGAUUAGUCUAGAAUCUGACCAUAGUUGUCGAUAUGACUAUGUAGAGGUGCGGGAUGGGGACAGUCCAAAGUCACCUGUGAUUGGCAGAUACUGUGGGGAUGAAAGCCCUUUACCAAUCAGAAGUUCCAGAAACUCUCUGCAUAUUCGUUUUGUGUCAGAUGGCUACAAUAACUAUGAUGGGUUUUUUGCUACUUUCCAGGAAGUCUCAGGACAAGCACCACCUCUCUGUGCAAGCCCCAAGAAGCCACCACACGGAGAUCUCUUCCUGCGGUACAAGGAAGGUGACAUCCUCACCUCGGUUCAGUAUCUUUGCUAUAAACCGUACAAGCUCAAGGGAGCAUCUCAGCGGGCAUGCCUUCCCAAUGGCACUUGGAGUGGCAGUGCUCCUGUGUGCAUAAAGGAAGUGACCAUAAAAGACUGUCCACCUCCACCACAACUCCACAGUGGAUACUACACUGAGGUUUCAGGCUCUGAUGGCAGAAUAAAAUAUGUUGAAUAUUUCUGCAACAAUACAUAUAUUCUUAGUGGAGACUCAAAAAGAACAUGCCAGAAGAAUGGGACCUGGAGUGGCAGUCAGCCCCUGUGUGUCAGAGCUUGUAAAGAACCUAAAGUUUCUAAACUUGUGCGGCAGAAGGUCUUGAAAUACCAACCUCCUUCCAGGAAAAGUCCAGUCCACAAGCUGUACUCUGCAUCCAGUCAGAGAGGGACUGAAGCAGACACACUGGAGAAAGCCUUUAAUGCUUUUGGAGAUUUGCCACCAACUUUCCACCAUGUGUACACCAGCAUAGAAUAUGAGUGUGUUUCAGCGCUUUACAAGCAUUCUGGUAGCGCACGCCGCACAUGCCUAAAGACUGGAAAGUGGAGUGGUCGCCAUUUCUCCUGUUCACCAGUAUGCGGUAAAUUACCAGCUGCCAGUCCCCAGAAUUUCACAGAGAUUCACUGGCCAUGGCAUGCUGCCAUAUAUACCCGUCUGUACAAUGCCAGCCCUCUUAUGGCAAGGACUAAAAGACGGGGGGACACAUUUGCCAUUGAUGAGGAAGAGGAGGGAGAUGAAGAUAAAGAAUGGAUUAAGAAGGACCAGAGAUGGCAGCUCGUCUGCAGCGGGGCUCUGGUCAACCAGCACUGGGUUGUGGUGGCUGCUCAUUGUGUGACGGAGCCUGGGCAGACUGAGGCGCUCAGUACAGAUGAUCUAAAUGUAGUGAUGGGAAAACAUUACCUCAGUGACCUUAGAGAGAACAAGAGACUACAGCACAUACAGAUCUCUCAGAUCUUGAUCCAUCCGAACUACGAUCCACAUGUCUUAGACUCCGACCUGGCCAUACUGAAGCUGGUGGACAAAGCUCGAAUCAGUGAGUAUGUGUCCCCUGUGUGCCUGCCGCGUCUGCAGGGUGGAGAGGUCACUGCAAAGCAGGCCUUCCUCACAGGCUGGUCCAUAGCAGGCCAACACAGAGCACACACAGACUCCGAGGCCGCCCGGACCGGACUGAUAGAAUUAGCUGAUGUGCUGAAGUGCGAAAGGCAAUUCAGCAAACACGGGGUACCGAUCAGUAUGACUGACAACAUGCUAUGUGGACGCCAACAUCCACUCAGCCCGUCCAUGAUCUGCCCUUCUGAAACCGGAGGGAUUAUUCUUUCACUCUCUGCUGAUUCCCAACCCACUUUCCCCCCCAGCAGAUCAGAAGAUGCUGAUUCUCAUCAUGCUUGGGAACUGCUGGGGCUAGUGAGCUUCGGAUAUGAUCUGCGGGGCUGUAACCCAGAUUUGUACACCAUCUACACACGGGUAGCAAACUUUAAGAACUGGAUCGAAAAGAAAAUUACAUAGAGCUUUAGAUCAAAUAUUAUAGCAUGAUCGUCUGUAUAGCAUUUUCGGUCAUACUUUAUUUUAAGGUGCAAUUCUCGCCAUUAACAAACCAUUAACUAUGAUUUUGCCUCAAUGAACUUAUUGAGUUCUUAUUAAUAGUUAGUGAGGUAGUUGUUAAGGUUAGGUUUUGGGUAGGAUUAGGGAUGUAGAAUAUGGUCAUACAGAAUAUUAAGGGCUGAGAACCAGAAAGGCGUAAGUGACAAUUCACCAACUUUACAGGAGAGCCAAAACAAAAUUUUACCAUAGUUUGAUCUGAUUUUGUGUACUGAUUUCAAUUGUUUAUAAUAAAAAUUUGUACACUCAUGGAUGACAGUACUUUUGCCAGUAGAAAGAGCUCAUUCAGAGCUUUCAUUUGAUAUAUAUAUAUCUCCAUUUCACCAAAAAUGCCACUUACGCCCUUCUGGUUCUCACCCCUCGAUGUGUCCUCGAUAUAAGUACUAAAAAACAGUCAAUAUGUUAAUAAUAGGAAUGCUAAUAAACAACUAGUUAAUCAUGAGAAUUGGUCCUUAUAAUAAAGUGUUACCACAUUUUCCAUGUUCCACAUAAAAAAAAUAAUGGAGAGGAUACAUGUUGCAUUGUCCUUUCAGAUUUCUCAUUCAUUUGACAGUUUUCUUUUUUUUUUGACAAAAAUCAUAUUCAAAAAAUCAAAAGUUAAUUUAAGAGAGAGUGUGGAAUUUGAGAUUUCACAACUAGUUUAUGGCCUUGCGAGUGUAUGAGGAUAUGUUUUUGCAUGGUAAAAUGAAGAGGAAGCGUUCCAUGUGAAUUCAGUCACUGGGCUUGCAGGCCUUAGCUUGUCUUUGCUCUCUCUUCAAGAUGUUUCACAAUCCAAUUUGCUCAUACUUUUUACACCAUCAAUAUGUAUUUACUUGUGCCUUUAGUGCAGCCUUUGUCGACUAAAACUGGGACAGUGUAUUUAUUUUUCAGAAUGCUUUUAAAUAAAUGAAAUUCGAGAAACACAAUGUCGUAUUUAGUGUUUUUAUUAACAAAUGUUACUUAAUGUAGUUGUAGUCAUUUUAUUAGCUUUAUCCAAAGAUUAUAGUACACUUAUAAGGAUGGCCUCUUUAAGGACACACUGGUGGUAACUCAUGGCUCAUUCCUUACAGGGAUCAAACCAGCCACCUAACUAGUGUUGACCACUGAUGCUAUUAUAAUUGAAUGUUGGGGUUUCUCAAAUCUAUCAAAAUCCUUAUUAAUCCUUAAUUAGCCAUUAUGCUGAUUUGGUGCUCAAGAAACAUUUCUUGCUAUUAUCAAUAUUGGAAACAGUUUUGCUGCAUAAUAUUUUUGAUGACACUUAUUUUCAGGAUUAUUUUAUUAAUAGAAGGUUUAUUGAAUAGAACAGCAUUUAUUUGAAUUAGAAAUAUUAAUAAUAUUUUGUAACAUUAUAUAUGAUUUUACUGUCACAUGUGAUCAAUGUAAUACAUCCUUGCUAAAUGAAAGAAUUUAUUAUGUAUAUACUAUUUGUGUGUGUGUAUCUAUCUAUCUAUCUAUCUAUCUAUCUAUCUAUCUAUCUAUAUAUAUAUAUAUAUAUAUAUAUAUACACACACACACACACACACACACACACACAUAUACAGUACAUACAGUAUAGUAAAGAUAAAUGACAGAAUUAUCUUUCAACAAUUUAAUAUGCACUAUUUAGGGAAGAGAAGAAUUUUAUAUUAGAGAAGAAUCCCUGGGGUUGUUCUGUUUUCCAUGCUCUUCUGUGAUGUUGUGUGUCUGAAAAUAGAGGGUGUAGAAGCUAAUCUGUUACUACCUAUAAACUUCAAGGUAGGAU